GAAUGAAAAAAUAAGGUAAAGUAAACGGUGUGAAACAAUACCAUACCAAUGAUUAUGCAAUGCAUUGAAUUGUUAUGUUAUGCAUGCAUUUUUGCACUACAUAUCUUUAUCUCUAUCUAUCUAUGCGUGCGUGUAUAUAUAUCGUGUUUCUAUGUGUUAUGCAUUUUGCAUGCACUUAUUCUCUCUCUAUAAAAACUCUUCACACCCUUUUCUUCUCUCACAGUAAUUACGGUUACCAUGUUAUUGUUCCAUUCAUAUUCACUUUUUCCUCUUUUCUUCUUCUUCUUCUUCUUCUUCUUCACUUCAAUGUUGUUUUUCUCCAAAUCAAACAUCAAUUAACGUAUACACAACGCAGCACAGCCCUCUUUCUCUCUUUCUAUCUGCAUGGUUUCUAUCAUCACAUACAAUACUCUACUGGGUUGUUUCUCUUUUUCUUUUUAAGUGGAUUGUGUUAUUUGAGUGAAAUUCGAGUUUUUUAUUUUUCAGGUGUGAAGAAAAGGGGUUAAGUGAUUUUUUGAUAUUUAGGGUUUUGACUUUGAUUUAAUUCGGAUUGUGAUCAAUGGGGGUUGAAGUUUGCAUGAAUAAAUUGUGUAAGGAAAGUUCUAUUGGUGAAUGGAAGAAAGGUUGGUCUUUGAUCUCUGGUGGAUUUGCAAAACUCUGCAACAAAUGCGGACUUGCCUAUGAGAAUUCAGUUUUCUGCGAUCAAUUUCACCGUCUUGAAGCCGGUUGGAGGGAAUGCAACAAUUGCAAGAAGCUUAUCCACUGCGGAUGUAUAAUAUCAAAGUCUUUGUUCGAGUACCUUGAUUUCGGUGGCAUAGGUUGUGUUACCUGUGUUAAGGCUUCCCAGCUUUGUCUGGAUACUGGAAAUGCUAAUAGGUUUGCUCAUAUAACUAAAAACAAUGCAAAUGAUCGAUAUGCUGAACAUACUGAUGGUGGACUAUCGGUGGAACGUGUUGGUAAAGGAAACCUUAUGCAGUUACGGAAAACUGCUGAAGCUGGUGAAACAAGCUUUUGGCCACAAGCUCAAAGAGAUGGUGUGCUUUCGAGUAUUGGUUCAAAAAGCGAAGAAAUUAAUUGUCGAUUCAACAAAACUGAUACAGGAUUUUUAAAUGUGAUGAAACAUUCUAGUCAUUUAUCAGCACUUACUACAUCAGAAAAUAAUAGACCAACAUGGGAGACCAAAAGUAGAGAUGAAUCACUUUCGCUGAAGAUUUCUCUUGGAACCUCAUCGAGAAAUUGUGUCCUGCCCUCUGCCAAAGAGAUUGUAGAAGGUAAACUUGAGGGUAAAGCAUCUUCUAUUUCUCAACAAGGGCACAAUUCUUACCCCAUAUUGGCUAAACAACCGAAGACCGGUAUUACAUUGAAUCUUGAAACAAAUAAAGGCAUGAUUUCUCUUCCACGCAUUGGUCGACCACCUGCUGAUGUGAAAGGGAAAAAUCAGUUACUUUCUCGAUACUGGCCGAGGAUUACUGAUCAAGAGCUGGAGAAAUUGUCUGGGGAUUUGAAGUCUAAGAUAGUGCCCUUAUUUGAGAAGGUGUUAAGUCCGAGUGAUGCAGGUCGAAUUGGUCGUCUUGUUCUCCCAAAAGCUUGUGCUGAGGCUUUUCUUCCUCCUAUUGAUCAAUCGGAAGGUGUCCCUUUACUGUUCCAAGAUAUAAAGGGGAACGAGUGGACCUUUCAGUUCAGAUUUUGGCCUAAUAACAACAGUAGGAUGUAUGUAUUAGAGGGUGUGACCCCGUGCAUACAAUUCUUGCGGUUAAAUGCUGGCGAUACUGUGACAUUUAGUCGGAUAGAUUCCGGAGAAAAAUUUGUACUUGGUUUUAGAAGAGCAUCGGGUUCUACCGAUACGCAGGAUGACUCUACAUCUGCUCAUUCUAACGGGAUUUCGACUAAGGAUACAAAUGUUUCUGGUGCAACUAAAAAUCUGAACUCGUUAAGUAGUUUUUCUGAUCUUCUUCAAUCAAUGAAAGGUAACAGGGAACCUUACUUAAAUGGACAUUCAAAACAUCUGCAUUUGGGUAAUGGAACUGCUGAUUGGCUGAAAACUGCACAUUGUGAGGAGGCGGCGAAUAAUGGUCCAUUGCAGCAACAGGUUUCGGUUUCAGAUAAGAAAAAGACUUGCAAGAUUGGGACGAAAACUAAGAGGUUGCACAUUCGUAGUGAAGAUUCUUUGGAGUUAAGACUUACAUGGGAAGAAGCACAAGACUUGCUUUGUCCGCCGCCUAAUGUCAAGCCAAAUAUUGUACAAAUUGACGACCAAGUAUUCGAAGAAUAUGAUGAACCCCCGGUUUUCGGAAAGGGAACUAUAACCAAUGCCUGUCCAUCUGGCUCUCCAUGUUCUGCAUCAGAGCAGCUCGGUCCAAACGAACAAGAAAAUCUUCAGCGAACCAGAAAAGCUUCUAAAAAGCGAAAAAUUGUAGAAAAGAGUAACUCAAUUGAAGAAGACAAGCUUCAAGACCUAGAUACUCUUGCAAGUAUGGCAAUUUUAGGAGACAAUCUUGCUGACCUUGACGAGCCAACUUCAGCUGGAAUCACCACAAAACAUCCGAGACAUCGUGAUGGAUGCACUUGUAUCGUCUGCAUUCAAUCCCCAAGUGGACAAGGAAAACAUAAACCGACAUGCACUUGCCUUGCCUGCGAAACUUUGAAGCGCAGGUCCAAGACUCUUAUGAUGCGUAAGAAGAAAAACCAAUCAGAAUCUGAAGCAGCCGCUCCCCAAAAUGAUCAAACGAAUCAUAGCGGUGAAGCAGAUACCAGUGGUGAUGCAUCAAGACAAGAUACAAGUAACUCAAUGGACGAGGUAAGCCUAAACGGUGGUCAGAAAGAGGCUGUUGAGCCUAGUGCCGCGGGACAAUUAGAUUUGAAUUGUCAUCCCGAUCAUGAAGAUAUGUAAAAGGAUACAUAACACGACUGAGCAUGAUUAGUCAUAUUGAAACUUAAUUCUCAACUUAAGUUUAGAUUACAUUCAUUUUACUUAUUUUUUCAUUUUUGGAGAUAAGAAAGAAGAGAUUGUUUCUCCUUAGUUGCACAGUAUAGUUUGCUUUCUUGCUCAAAAGGAGUGGUGAAGAUAGUUUUUUUUCUUCUUAUAUAUACUUAAAAGAAAUUGACAAACUCGAUAGUUUGUUCUAGUUUUUGUUUCGAGUAUUUAA